GACCAAAAAAUAACAACAAAUUCCCUAUUCAACCUUCUUUGUUCAAGUUUGGCACCUCGCCAAACACGCAGCGCGCUGAUUUCAACUAGGUCCGUGUCUUAUGUAUAUACUUUCCUGCUUUUACGCCACUCCUCAUUUCUCCGACAUACAUAGCUAACUGAUAGAGAAAAGCGCAUCAGGAUGUCUGGUCGAGGAAAAGGCGGAAAAGGGCUUGGAAAAGGCGGCGCUAAGCGGCACCGUAAAGUUCUGCGUGAUAACAUCCAGGGUAUCACUAAGCCCGCUAUUAGGCGUCUGGCUCGCCGAGGAGGUGUGAAGCGUAUCUCCGGUCUGAUCUACGAGGAGACCCGUGGUGUGCUGAAGGUCUUUUUGGAGAAUGUGAUCCGCGACGCCGUUACCUACACCGAGCACGCCAAGCGCAAGACCGUCACCGCCAUGGACGUGGUGUACGCACUCAAGCGCCAGGGACGCACCCUGUACGGCUUCGGCGGCUAAAGACACACUUCCGGACUUCACACUCUGAGAAAACAAACAAAAACACCCAAAGGCUCUUUUAAGGGCCGCCCAAUUAUUCUCUCAAAGAGCAAACUCCAGAUUCUGCACUUUAUUAUACCUGGACUUCGUACGAUCUAUUUCGUGACAAUAAACAUGUUAUUUUCAUGUUCA